UUCCUUGAGAAAUAUUUCUUUUCACAACACGAACAAGUCAUGGCUGCGAUUUUAUCGUUUUCAGGCGUUCAUUCAUUCUUUUUUCUCUUGUUCUCCGGAUUUAUUUGCUUUUUCACUGCCAAUGGAAUGCUUGGGAGAGGUUUUGGGGAUCACAUAGACUGGAAGACAUAUUCUGAAGGACUUAAAGAAGCACAAUCAAGCCGCAAACCUGUGAUGGUGAUUAUUCACAAGUCUUGGUGUGGUGCAUGCAAAGCCCUCAAGCCAAAAUUUGCUGAAUCAAUGGAGAUAGAUGAAUUAAGCAAGAAGUUUGUGAUGAUUAAUGUUGAGGAUGAUGAGGAGCCUCAAGAUACUAAGUUCCAGAUUGAUGGAUCAUACAUUCCAAGGAUAUUUAUUCUAGAUUCAUAUGGUAAUGUUCAACGGGAUAUUUACAAUAAAAAGGGAAAUCCAUCAUAUAAAUACUACUAUGGAAGUCCACCAGGAAUUGUGGACAGCAUGAAAGAAGCCCUGGAGAAGAUGAUAGAUGGUGUUCGCAUAGGAGAUGAACUAUGAUUAUUAAUUUUCUUCUUUAAUUUUUUAUCAGUGGAAUAUCCAUGUUUAUUAUCUUCUCAUGCACUCACUUUCUGUUAAACCCAGUUCACUUUGACAGCCAUUUAACAAGUUACCUUCUUAACCCUUUCCCCCCAACAUCAGUAUCCAUAUUCUCCAAACUAUUCACUCUACAUUUACCAAGGUGCUGACAAAGAGAAUUUGUUUAAUAAUCAAGAGCUGCUUAAGUUGGUGAUCAUUUCCUUUAUUCUCAUUAGCCUAAUGUUUGAUUCAAGGGCGAUAUUGUAAGGAGAAAUUAUAUGCUAGAGACGCUUAGGGGUUGAAGGGUUAAUUUAAACCUGUAAGACUUAGAUUUUUAAUAGGAAAAAAGACUUAUGUGGUAGUAUUUGAAUUUGCUUCAGGAGCAAGUUGAAGUGGUGGUAGUCUUUAUUUCUUCAAAUGAUAAAUAUUACCUAGCGUAUGUUAGUAGUAGAAAAGGUCAAAAUCUAGUACAAACGUAAAAAAAUUCUAAACUUACAACGCUACCUUGUAUUUGAAAAUUAAAAGAGAUUUACAUAACAAUCUUUGUAUUAACUCUGGGGCAAUGACAAGAUUUGUUUCGUAAGUUUUAAAACUCAUUUAUGUAUAUAUUUUGUUGCCUUCGGUGGCAUGGUUUUCCUAAAAACUCGGAUAUUUACCAUGAGCAGAUAAUUAUUUUAUUGAAAAUGGGUGUGUCACUGAGGGGAAA